UCCCUGCGCCUUCUGUUGUCUGACGCAUUUGUAGCGAGCUGUUUCUAGUGUGAAGACGUGUGUCCGCAUUUUGUGCUGCAGCUUCCGAGUUGAUAUCUACUUCUCCGUUAAUAAGAAUCGACUACGAUGGCGGCCGGCAAUGAAGCUCAGCACAGCACACCGGUGUACCUGGGCGCCCUGCUGGAUGACGGGGAGGGCGCCACCGUGACUCUGGCGGCGGGGGAGACGCGGCUGGUGGUGCACAGGGCGGUCCUCGUGGCCGGGAGCCCCGUCUUCGCAGCAAUGUUCCGCCACGACACGGCGGAGUCGCGCGGCGGCCUCGUCGACGUCGCAGACGUGGACGGGCCGGUGCUGAGGGAGCUGGUGACGUACCUGUACACCCUCCGCGCCCCGCAGCUGGCGAGCCUGGCCCCCCGCCUGCUCGUCGCCGCCGACAAGUACGGCGUGGCGAGCCUGAAGGCCCAGUGUGAGCAGCAGCUGGCCGCUGGGCUGACGGUGGACAACGCGGCGGCCACAGCUGUUCUCGCGGUGCGACACUGCUGCCCCGGCCUCCGGCAGACGGCCGUCUCCUACAUAAAGGGCCACACACACCGAGUGAUGGCGACGCAGGGCUGGGCUGACGCAGUGCGCACCCAGCCAGAAGACGUCGUCGAACUCAGCAGGUUGCUGGCGGAGACGCCACCGGAAUCCAGCUCGCCCGCCAGCCCCGGCCCCAGCGCCGCCACUCAGCCUGCCAGCGGCGCGGCUGCCCGCCACACUCCGCCGCCUCCUGACGACGCAGCCGUCUCUCACCUGCGGUGA